AUCAUGUGUAAUCAUGAAGCUCCACUUCCCUAACUCCAGUUUGCCAGCAUAAAUUAAGGUGAUUUGGAAGGGGAAUGUAGCAUCCUACUGAGUUUGGUUAGGGAGAGAGAAGACUUGGUGGAAAGUUGUAAGAUCUGUUGUGUUGUGAGCUAUCGGAGGCGCUUCCGUUGGUUGUUCAUUAAGUGGUCCGUGCCCACGGAUUAUCCAAAGGAACCUGAAGAUCCUACUCACACAGUUAAAGUCAAAAAUCAAGAAAAAACGUAAGUUUGGUGGCUGCGAGUGGCCCGGGCCGACGACGUGAGGCGCGGGGCGGCGGUCAAUGUUAUUUGAGCGGGGGCCGCGGGCCUCGGCGAUCGCAGAGCAGAGGAUGCAGAAAGCCGCCUACUACGACAACGCGGGGCUCUUCGGGGGCUACACCUACAGCAAGGCCGACGCCUACCCCUACGGCGCGGCCCACCAGCCCUACGGCCAGGCCGGCCUGGACGGCGAGUACCCCGGCUCCGCCUGCUCCGUCCAGGGCUCGGCGCCCGGCCGCGCCCCGGCCCACAAGGGCAGCGAGCUGAGCGGGAGCUGCAUGCGGCCCGGCGGGGGCGGCCCCGGGGGCAGUCAGCCCCCGGGGAUCGGCGAGCACCAGCCCCCGGCCCUGCCGCCCUCCUCCCCGCCCAACCCCCCUCCCAGUGUGCCCCCUCCGAAAAAAGCCAAGGGGGGCCCCAACUCCUCGGGCUCGGCCAGCGCCACCCUCAGCAAGCAGAUAUUUCCUUGGAUGAAGGAGUCCCGGCAGAACUCCAAGCAGAAAAGCACCUGCGCCCCCCCAGGAGAGAGCUGCGAGGACAAGAGCCCCCCCGGGCCGGCCUCCAAGAGGGUGCGAACAGCGUACACCAGCGCGCAGCUGGUGGAGCUGGAGAAGGAGUUCCACUUCAACCGCUACCUGUGCCGGCCGCGCCGCGUGGAGAUGGCCAACCUCCUCAACCUGACCGAGCGGCAGAUCAAGAUCUGGUUCCAGAACCGCCGGAUGAAGUACAAAAAGGACCAAAAAGCCAAAGGCAUCAUGCACUCCCCCGUCGGACAGUCCCCGGACCGCAGCCCCCCUCUGAGCGGCCCGAACCACGUCGGCUACUCCAGCCAGCUCCCCGGCGUCAACAGCCUCAGCUACGACGCGCCCUCGCCCACCUCCUUCGCCAAGUCCCAGCAGAGCAUGUACGGGCUGGCCGCCUACACGGCGCCGCUGAGCAGCUGCCUGCCGCAGCAGAAGCGCUACGCGGGCGCGGAGUACGACCCCCACCCCAUGCAGAGCGGCGGCGGCGGCUUCGCCAACCCCAGCCUGCAGGGCAGCCCCGUCUACGUGGGGGGCAACUUCGUGGACUCCAUGCCGGCCUCGGGCCCCAUGUUCAACCUGGGGCACCUGCAGCACCCCUCCUCCGCCAGCGUGGACUACAGCUGCGCCGCCCAGAUCCCCGGCGGCCACCACCACGGACCUUGCGACCCCCACCCUACCUACACGGACCUUUCCUCCCACCACACCUCUCAGGGACGGAUGCAGGAGGCGCCCAAGCUCACGCAUCUGUAG